GCAGUAGACAUGGCAGUUCUCCUCAUACCUACACAUCUGAAAGAUGAGGACUGGCAAGGUGUUGUACAUAGUGGCAGUGAUAGCGGUUGUGAUGCCCCGGGCCUCACACCAACAGCAGGGUGCUGUGGGAGUGCUGCCGGCCCAGUCAGGCUGUCCCCAGCAUCAUGAAUGUGUAGACCGGAAUUUGUGUUUGAACGGCAAGGUCAUCACGGAUGGGAGUGGCUUGCUGGACGUUCGUAUAACUUCCUCGGUGCUCCUUGGAACAGUACAACAUUGCUUAGAACCACACAAGGUCUGCUGCAGCGUCCCCGGCACCGUGGAUCCAAAUCGUCACCCUGUUGGUGGUAUCGCGGGAAGCACAGGCGUGACAACCUCGACAUUCUGUAAUGAAGGACAUGACUGCGUGCCCACAUAUCUCUGCCAUGACGGAGAGCUAAACACCUCUGGAAUUGGCAUCUUGAAUCCGCGCAAUAGACCUACCUCUGUGACUGUGAGUGUUUUGAGAUAUAUCUAGCGAUGUUUUACGUGU